AUGAAAACUCUGAAUAGGGAUUGCAUUUGUGUUGUCACAUCAGUGAAUGGUGGAACACCUCAAGAAUGGAGUUCACGUGUCAUCUAUCAAUUGCUUACCGAUAGAUUCGCACUGACCAACAACGCUACUACACCAUGUCCUGACAUCACUACCUAUUGCGGUGGUACAUUCGUGGGUGUUGAACAACAUUUGGAUUAUAUUCAAGGAAUGGGUUUCGAUGCAAUCUGGAUAUCACCAAUCGUUACGAAUACUCCUGGUGGUUAUCAUGGAUAUUGGCAACAAGAUAUCUAUACGAUCAAUUCAAACUUUGGAACAGACAAUGAUCUUCUAAAUCUUAUUGGAGAGUGCCAUAAGAGAGGUAUUUGGGUGAUGCUCGAUGUCGUUGCGAAUCAUGUCGGUCCAGUCGACUUUGACUACUCAACCAUUGUUCCAUUCAAUCAAGAUUCUCACUAUCAUGGUUGUUCAUCAUGUCCAUCUCAAUGUACAAUCAAUGUAUGUAUAAUAACUAAUUUGAUAUUUCAACAUUAUAUAAUUGAUAUUGAUAUUGUUGUUGUUGUUUGUUACUCUCUAAAGAAUUUCAAUGAUCAAUCAGAGGUAGAGAUAUGUAGAUUAUCAGGAUUACCUGAUUUAGAUCAAAACAAUACAUUCGUUCGUGAGGCACUAGUCAAUUGGAUAAAGAAUGUAACAGAGUUCUACGGAUUCGAUGGAAUUAGAAUCGAUACCGUGCCAGAGGUCGAUCAAGAUUUCUGGAUAGAAUAUACUACUGCCGCUGGAGUGUACUCUGUUGGUGAAGUCUACAAUGGCGACGUCGAAUACGUGGCAUCCUAUCAGCCUGUUAUCGAUGGUCUGUUGAGUUAUCCAUUGUUCUUUGUGUUGCGUUCAGUGUUUGCUCAGCAACAAUCGAUGUAUCAGAUACAAUCGAUGUUACAACAGUACAAUGCCACUGGAUUGCAUCAACAGUAUCUCGGUACAUUCAUCGACAAUCAAGAUCAAAUCAGAUUCCUAAAUGAACAGUCCGAUAUCGAGCUGUACAAGAAUGCAUUGACUUAUAUCCUGACAUCCGAGGGUAUUCCUAUUGUCUACUACGGAAGUGAACAAGCAUUCAAUGGUGGAGCCGACCCAGACAAUCGUGAAACUCUCUGGACCACUGGAUUCAACACUGAUUCCACACUCUACCAAUUCAUACGUACGGUUGUCCUGUUUGUCAAGCAACAAUCACUCUAUCAGUAUCCUCAGAUACAAAGAUAUGCCGACGACUCGUUCUACGCUUUCACACGUGGUGACACAUUUGUAGCUCUGACCAACGGUGGAUCAAACCAAGGUCAAAUAUCUCGUACUAUAACCUAUCAACCAUAUCAAGAUGGUACAACUCUAUGUAAUAUAUUCUGGCCGACUGAAGAUUGUAUUAAAGUAGUAGAUGGUCAAUUUACUAUUUAUCUUGACAAUGGUGAAUCAAAGAUCUACUAUCCAUUAGGUUAG